AGGAACAGAGAUAGCAGCCGGCGGAGUUGCGGGCAGAGAGCCUCGGCGGGAGUUCCCUGGUCGCAAGUGGCAAGUGAGCCACGGUCGGGCACGGCUGGUGCCAGGGAUGGCCGAGGUGGAGGCCCAGGGCCGCCUGUGGCUGGAGAGUCCCCCUGGGGGCGCGCCCCCCAUCUUCCUGCCCUCGGACGGGCAAGUCCUUGUCCUGGGCCGGGGACCCUUGACCCAGGUUACGGACCGGAAGUGCUCCAGAAACCAAGUGGAGCUGGUCGCAGAUCCCGGGACCAAGACCGUGGCAGUGAAACAGCUGGGAAUUAACCCCUCAACUGCUGGGACCCAGGAGCUGACUCCUGGGUCAGAAGGUUCUCUGAGGGUGGGGGACACACUGUAUUUGGUCAACGGCCUCCACCCACUAACGCUGCGCUGGGAAGAGGUCUGCACGCCUGAAUCCCAGCAAGACACUCCGCCCGGCACCCCUCCGGUGGCUCCAGACGUGGCAGAGGAUGUUGAGCCGCAGAAAAAGCGGAUGCGGAAGUCAUCCCCCGGCUGGGAGAAGUUCGAGAAGCUGCUAGUGUUUACUGCUCCUGGGGUGAAGCCCCGCAGCAAGGUGGCCGGCUUUGAUCUGGAUGGGACCCUCAUCACCACACGCUCUGGGAAGGUCUUUCCCACUGGCCCCAGCGACUGGAGGAUCUUGUACCUUGAGAUUCUGCGUAAGCUCCGGGAACUGGAUGCUGAGGGCUACAAGCUGGUGAUCUUCACCAACCAGAUGGCCAUUGGGCGCGGGAAGCUGCCGGCAGAGGAGUUCAAGGCCAAGGUGGAGGCUGUGGUGGUGAAGCUGGGGCUCCCCUUUCAGGUGCUGGUGGCCACGCACGCCGGCUUGUACCGGAAGCCGGUGAUCGGCAUGUGGGACCAUCUGCGGGAGCAGGCCAACGAGGGUGUGCCCAUCUCCAUCGGGGACAGUGUCUUCGUGGGAGGUAAGGACCCAGGGGUGGGGAGAGUAUGUGGGUCUCCCAGGGCCAGCGGCUUCUGUUCCCAAGGUCACUGGUGGAAAAGGGGGGUGUGUCUUCUGUGUUCCAGACGCAGCUGGACGCCCAGCCAACUGGGCCCCUGGGCGGAAGAAGAAAGACUUCUCUUGUGCAGACCGUCUGGUGAGGCCCCUGUCCCCUCCUCGUCGGGAGCCAUGUCCCCACCUUGUCUGACAUGUGUCCCUCCAACCCCCACCCAGUUUGCGCUCAACCUCGGCCUGCCCUUCGCCACACCAGAGGAGUUCUUUCUGAAGUGGCCCGUCGCCAGCUUCGUGCUCCCCACCUUUGACCCGAGAACUGUCUCUCCCUCGGGGCCGCUCUACCUCCCUGAGUCCAGCUCCCUCUUGAGCUCCGACCCUGAAGUGGUGGUCGCCGUGGGAUUUCCUGGGGCUGGCAAGUCCACCUUCCUCCAGGAGCACCUCGUGUCGGCGGGCUACGUCCACGUGAACAGGGACACGCUGGGCUCGUGGCAGCGCUGUGUGACCACGUGCGAGACCGCUCUAAAGCAAAGGAAACGGGUUGUGAUCGACAACACCAACCCAGACCCUCCGAGCCGGGCCAGGUACAUUAAGUGUGCCCGGGACGCGGGGGUCCCCUGCCGCUGCUUCCUCUUCACGGCCACCCUGGAGCAGGCACGCCACAACAACCGGUUCCGGGAGAUGACAGGCUCCUCUCACGCCCCGGUGUCCGACGUGGUCAUGUACGGCUACAGGAAGCAGUUCGAGGCCCCGACUCUGGCGGAAGGAUUCUCGGCGAUCCUGGAAAUCCCGUUCCGGCUGAAUCUGGAGCCUCCGCUCGAGCGGUUGUACUGCCAGUUCUCGGAGGGCUGAGCGACCCCACCCCCCCGCCCCCCCCAAUAA